GGAAAUAUAUUUUGAUUCACGUGUUCGUUUGCAAUGCUAUAUCAUUUUCAGAAUUUUGAAAUAAAUGUCAAAUAUAAUGCAAGAUGAAGCUAUUGCGCCGUUGCUGGAAAUUGGAACAAAAGUGAAGGUCGACAAACGCUAUGGGAUUGGAAUGGCUGCUGUAUUUAUCAUUGGUACAUUAUGCGGAAGUGGAGUAUUGGCUAUACCGCAAGCUAUUGUAGAUGGAGGAUGGAUAGCAAUGCCUUUGCUUGUGAUAUGCGGUCUCGUAUCAGCAUUCACCGGAACUCUUCUGGGAAAGAGUUGGAUUAUACUGCGGGAAAGAUAUCCUGAAUAUGAGGCAAAUAGAGUAACUGACCCUUAUCCAACAAUUGCGUUUCGGGCAGCAGGAAAAGUUGGAGAAUAUGCAACAAGAGUUUGCCUAUAUGGCUCUCUAUUCGGAGGAGGUACAGUUUUUCUUCUUUUGAUUUCCGACAACACAACAAAUCUUCUGCAGUCUAUGGGUGGAAUUCGAUUUUAUCCUUGCUACAUGAUGAUGAUAGUAUUCUGCAUACUUACUCCACUUUCUUGGAUUGGAACUCCGAAAGAUUUCUGGUAUGCAGGUCUAAUUGCUGCUGCAACAACCACAAUAGGAGCUUUGUUAAUCGUAGCUGGAAUAGUUCAGGAUGCACCCGAACAUGUUGAGUCAUACAGACCAGAACCAACAGCCUCGUCGUUUUUCAAUUCAUUUGGAGUUAUCGUUUAUGCGUUUGGUGGAGCUAGUUGCUUUCCUACAAUACAAGUUGAUAUGAAAAAUCCAAAAGUUGUAAUCUUUCUCUAUUUCCCUGCUGGAGCUGCCGGAUAUUUCGUAUUUGGCAACGACAUGAAACCUAACGUAUUAUCUGCUUUGUCCCCUGGAUGGAUUUCGUACACAAUCAACAUCUUGAUUACAUCACAUCUAUUAAUGGCAUUCGUUAUUAUUUCAAAUCCAGUGACGCAAGAAAUUGAAGGUUUCCUAAAUAUUCCAGAAAAAUUCACUUGGAAGCGUGUGAUGACUCGCACAAUCUAUAUGCUUGCUGUAUUAUUCGUCGCUCUCAGCAUUCCACAUUUCAACGUUAUACUUUCCUUAGUUGGAGGCUCUUUAAUUGGCUGCACCUGUGUGGUCUUCCCGCCGUUAUUUUACUACUUAUUAUCAAGGCAACAGAAGCCUGAAGACGCCUACGGGCCACUACCGGAGCACAUGCUGCAUCCGCAUAGACCAGCUAAUAACUACAGAGCAUUAGAAUCAAAUUACAGUUGGAAGCAAGAAGCUAAGUCUUCAUAUGAAAUGGAUGCCGGUGUUUCUUCAACUUACUUUGCGAUCCAGUCUUUGGUAACAGGAUCCUCUGGUUUCACUGUACCUUGUUAUGUUAAUGCAUCGGUAGGUUGAUUCGUGGUAGAUUUCUAAGAAUGGUAAAACAACCUGUGAAACCAACUUUUUAUGACUGUAUUCUUAGGAAAUGUUUGUCUGUAGCCACGGAUAUUAUGUCCAUUUGUAUACUCUAUGCUUCCAAAGCAUUUCUAUCACUCUGUAUAAGAAUAAAAAUGUGAAAAAAUUUGAAAUAUCUCUAGCAGAUAA